GCAGAACGUUGUUUUUCUUGUGGUGUCGCUGUGCGGAGGUACCUACUCGCCGCUUUUUGCGUCAAAGCGGUAUUUAACUCACGGUUAUAGCAACCACGGCAAGAAGAGAGCUGCUUCGUCAAGCGUAUUUUUCUUUGCGAAUGUUUUCUGCCUUUCGCAGGCGACAUGGCGCCAUCGUGUUGCGUGCAGCGUCAGCUUCAACAAGCAAUCUCGCUACACAGCGGACAACGUCGGUAGAGACGACAUGGCGUACGUCAGCCCUCACCACCGCGGUCGCUCACGCCUCGUCGUCGUCUCGUCACGUUGAUGCCGCAACGGCGGACGAGUCGCGCCGCCGAGAUGCGUGGGUGCGGUUUAUACAUGCCUCACGCCAGCUCAAAAAGGCGGUGCGUGCUGCCUCGACUCAGCACGACGCACAGCCUCUACGUUUAUCGCAGAGUGCAGGCGCAACGGGGAGUCGCGGAAACGCUUGUCCGCUCGCGGCCAACGUGAUGGGCGUGUCGGAAGAAGAAGAGGGAGAGGAAGACGAGGCACUGGCUGCGUUGGCGCCUUCGAUUGUCCACCGUACCGCCACCGCCGCCGCCAGCGCCGCGCUCAUGAAGGAGCUGGGCGUGAUCGACCGGGCAGCGUACCGCGCCGCGGCGACCCCCGCCCCAGCAACAACGACAGCGUCGACAACACCAGAGGUUCGACCCACAACAAUAAAUGACGCAACAACACCACCGCGGCCCCCUUCGGUGUCUCCCGCUGUGUGGACGUCGUACCUGAUGCGCGUGUGCCAAGCUGGUGUGCAGGCGCAUGUGUCCAGUUUUGUUAUCCUCCAACACAUUUCCUCCCCUUUUCUGUCGUCGCCCCACAGCGAAGGGCGAGUGAUGCCUCCACCACCGAGUCCGACGCUCGUCAUCAACCGGUAGUGCCGAUGCUGCGGUGGUCGGCGAGUCUUCCUUCGCCGGUGCGGCUGCAACUCCUGAUAAAUGAAACUGCUCGAAUCGAGCGAUGCCGCCGCUUCAUUGCGGACGGCCUCCGCAGCGAGCACCGCCGCCGCCGCACCGCUGUCUCCGAAGCCGCAGUGGCCGAUGCUGACGGUGACAGCGCUGCUACCGCUGCUGCAGCGGUUCAAACGCGUGUUUCGUUGUCCAACACAUGGCGGCAGAGCGUUCUUGAGGCACGCGCCGUCGUACGCUGCUGCGCCGCACCCUGGCUGGUGGGCGAGGAAAGGAAUGCUGAUGCGCAUUCUAACACUGUUGAAGCCAAUGGGAAAGAGGGCAGUGGCUGCAGCAGCAGCCGUGAACAGCUGACGCCGACGGCCACGGCGGCGUUGUUGACGGCGGCGGAGCGCGGUGUAAUGCUCGCGUGUCUGCGACUGGCCGCUGCGUGUCACGGAGAGGACGUCGGUCAGCAUCUCAUGGACAUCUUCAUAAACAGCGUUGAUGUUGUGGUGCGCGGCGCAGGUACGGUCUCCUCUCUCCACUAUCGACGCGAGGAGGAAUCGCAGCGGAACGUGGAGGCGUUUCAGGCGUGGUACGAAGCGGACGGCGCCGAGGUGUACGAGGCAGCGAUGACGUGUGUGGCUCGCGAGUGCACCCGCCCCACGUCGCCGUCGUCGUCGUCGUCUUCUGUUCCUCUUCGUCGCGACGGCCACUCAUCCCGCGUACACGGCAGCGGCGGGUUCGCACGCGCGUACGCCUUCUUCGUACAUCGAGCGGCCACCACUGCGCUCCUGUCGCACCAGGACGAUAGUGACGCCUCCGACGUCGGUAGAGCACCGUCGGCGCAGGCACGCUCGUCCGGCUCUGCCUGGACCACCUCCCUGACGCACUACCCCGUCGUUACGAUGCAACUCCUGAAGCCACUUGCGGACUGCGUAGACGCCAACGCAGAGCACUUCAACAUGGUGGUGCAGCUGUACGGUCGCAUGCUUUCGGAGACGGAGGUGGGCUACUCGGCAGAGGACGGGGGUACCGCCGUGCGACGCGCGUUUGCUGCCCUGCUGCUGGCCCUCGCGCGCGUGCCGCUUGGGUCGCGGAGUAAGAUGGAGUGUCUGGAAGACCUCUACCGCCGUACGCUGCUGAACUCCUCGCUGGAGGUGGUGCAGCACCCGGAUGUGCUGGCCGGCUGCCUGCGCGUGUGCGGUGCGGCGAGGGCUGCAAAUCGGUCGAUAGCGCUCUUCAACAAGCUGGCGGAGCCGUCUUCGCGGAGUUUGGCGCUGCAGGAAGAAAACAUGGCCGCUGUCUGCCUCGCCCAAGCCGGCGACUCGACGUCCGCCCCUGCCGCUGUCUUGCAGCGACUGCUGUGCUUCAUGCAGACUCGGCUUCCACUGACGGCGGACGUGGUGCAGGCGGCGGUGGCCACGACGCUGUUGUCGCGCGCCGUCGACACGAAUACCACCGCGGCGACGCCGCCGAUGACGUCUGCGUUUGCGAUGCUGGAUCUUCUCACGAGCGGCGCCGUGGCGCAGCAUCGUGUGACGCGUAGCACGGCCGCCGUGAAUGCGGAGCGCACCUUCUUUUUGCGGGUUGUGCUGCUACUCACCGGUGCCUCGGUGACGCAGGACGAGCCCAACAGUGGCGCCGCCUCGUCCCUUCACACGCCCGCCGCAGCAGCCAUUUUUCAGCAGUGGGUAGGUGAGUUCGCCGCCGUGUUGGGUGUCUCGACAACGGACGAACAUGGUAGGCGCUGCACCGGCCAAGCCGUCGCAAAGGUGGCGCCGUCGCUGUCGGUUGUGACGGUUGGCGCGUUACAGGAACUGUGGGUGGUGCUGCGGCGGGCAGAUUGCCUUGUACCUUCUCUGACGAACAGCGACGAGGGUAACGGCCGCUUUGCUGCCUCCGCCACCCCUUCCUCGUCUCAGGAGCAGGACCAGCCGCGGCAACAACCGUCCCCCCUUGCGCAGGCCGUGCGAGAUAUGUUGGCAGCCAUUCCCCCACCGGUGGCGACCUCCCCGUGGUGUAAGACGCUAUCGGUGUGGCCUUUUUCGCCGUCGCCGUCCACUGCCGCGUCCGCACCGUCGUCCUGCACCCCGCCGCUGCUCGUUACCCUUCCCCCUUCUUUUCAGUGGAGGCAGCUGAUGGAGGUGUGGCCGCUGGCGGAGCAGCAGCGCUUUAUGGAGUCCUUCGUGAAGCUCUUCACGGUGGCCUCCCCGGCGAUGUCGGGCAGUCCGCACCCUCACAGCGGCGAAGAAACGGCGGUCUGUAUGCGCUAUCACGACUACAUGCUGCUGGAGGAGGUCUUCGGGAAGACGUCUGCGGCGACGGAGUGGGCGGACGCGGCGCGCGUGUGGAACACGAAAGGCGAGAGGACCGCUGCAUCUUUGCAGGAAGCGAUCGCUGCUCGUCUGGCAGGAAUCCCCACCGCGACGCCGGUGCGCGCGCUGCACGUGUUGAGUCCGCUGGCGGAUGUUGAGGGGGCACUGCAGUGGAGUGGUGCGGCGGCGGCGGCCACCACGGCGGAGGCGUCACCGCCGCCCCCGACCGUUCCGUUGCCGCAGCUGUUAGGGGUUCCGGUGCCGCCGGUGCCGGGGUGCCCUGUCCACUCAUGGGCGGUGGAUGUACAUCGCGGUGCAGCAGACCACAAAGGCGAUCAUGCUCGGCCCAGGAAAGUAUUGCUCGCCGUGUACUGGCUCACCCGCUGGGUAGACUCUGUUGAAGAUGCGGCGCUGUUGCCGUCGCCUUCGCUGUUUCGGCAGGCGGUGAUCGCCGCGAUCGACCAUAGCCACCUCUCUGAGGCACCCGUCCAAGAGGCGGUGCACACCACCGUCAGCGAUGCCAAGGAAGAGACGGGAGGGGAGAACAACGCCGCGGCGCACGAUGAGGAAAUGAAGGUGAAUGCUAAAAGAGGCGGCAUCGAGGAAGUACUCGUGCGUGGCCCCACAUCGUUGCUCUACGAUGCAGCAUCGUAACUGUGUGUGUGUGUGUGUGUGUGUGUGUUACAUUGCCUUUCUUUACCAGUGCUGUGUUAUUUUUCUGGUCAGAAGGAGCAUUUCUUGGUGUGUUUGAAUUACGUAAGUUGUAAUGGCGGAGGCUGUAAUCCUUCUCCUUCACAGAUGC